CCAGGCCAGGCAACGGCGAAUAUCGCGGAAACCAGGUCAACAACUUUCUCUUCCCCGGAUUCCAAGCCCCAGCCGCUCGCCCGUAUUUCAGGCUAAAAUGUGAUCGAUAAAACCGUCAAGCUGGGGAAGUCCACGUGAACGGAGACGGAGUCCAGCGUCCUUUUACGACCACCAUGGGAACCACAAACCCGGAUCGAGACAUGGUUCCAGCCGGUGUACCAAACUUUCAGAGAUGAAAGAUGAAUAGUUCCCAAGGUCAACCAGGUAAUGUCCCGCCCAUAAAUGACAUAUAAAGGACGGCCCUGAGGCCAUAUUUUGGAACAAGCUUAGAUGCUGUCUCCAGCUCUCGCCUCGUCCCUUCUGGUCGUUCUCGGCGCCGCCGGUGCCCACGCCCAACAACAACAAACUCUCUGGGGCCAGUGCGGUGGCUCAGGCUGGAACGGUCCAACAUCAUGCGUAUCUGGGGCGUACUGCUUCCAGCAGAACCAGUGGUACCACCAGUGCAUUCCAGGGGAUGACCCUUCACCAAGCCCGACAAGCCCGACAAACCCGACAAACCCGACAAACCCGCCACAGCAGUCCUCCACGCUCACCACGUCCCGGGUGACGGUUUCCCCCCCUACAACCACGUCGCCUGCCCCGGGAGGAGGUGGUACUGCCUGCCCUGCCAUUCCCAAUGGCCUCGGCAGCCCCGUUGCCAACGCGCUCAACGACCCCUUUACCUUCCACGGCGGCGGCAAGGUAUCGAGCAAAGCAGACUGGACGUGUCGCCAGGCCGAGAUCAGCGAGCUUCUCCAGACAUACGAGCUCGGCACGCUUCCGCCCAAGCCGUCGUCGGUCACGGCCAGCUUCUCGGGCAGCACGCUCAGCAUCACCGUCUCGGAGAACGGCAAGUCGAUCUCCUUCUCGGUCAGCAUCAACAACAGGCCGUCGGGCAGCGGACCUCACCCGGCCAUCAUCAACUUCGGAACCUUUGGGGGUCUCCCCGUUCCCGCCGGCGUGGCCACCAUCAACUUCAACAAUGACGAGAUCGCCGAGCAGCGGGACCAGUCUUCGCGUGGCAAAGGGAAAUUCUACAACAUCUACGGCAGUGGCCACUCCGCGGGCGCUCUGACGGCCUGGGCGUGGGGUGUUUCCCGCAUCAUCGACGCGUUGGAGCUCACGCGGGCCCAGACCAACAUUGAUCCGACAAGGAUUGGUGUGACGGGCUGCUCGAGGAACGGCAAGGGCGCCAUGGUGGCGGGUGCAUUGGAACCUCGCAUUGCCCUGACGCUUCCUGAGGAGUCCGGAGCGGGCGGCUCCGGCUGCUGGAGAAUUGCGACGUGGCAGAAGAACAGGGGGGAGAACGUGCAAGAGUCGAAGCAGAUCAUCACGGAGAACGUCUGGUUCUCGACCAACUUCAACAGCCACGUCAACAACGUCAACGCGCUCCCCUUUGACCACCACAUGCUGGCCGGUCUCAUUGCGCCCCGUGCCCUCUACGUCAUGGAGAACAGCGACAUGGAGUGGCUCGGCAAGGUGUCGACGUACGGUUGCAUGGGAAUUGCCCGCAAGCAGUGGGAGGCCCUCGGCGCCCUCGACAGCUUCGGCUACUCGCAGGUCGGCGGCAACUCGCACUGCAGCUUCCCCACCUCGCAGCAGGGCAGCGAGCUCAACGCCUUCAUUGGCAAGUACCUGCUCAACAACCCUAGUGCUGGCAACACCAACAUCUUCCGCUCGACGGCGAACCAGAACUUUGACCUCAACUCGUGGAGCCCGUGGACCGUCCCGACCCUGUCUUAAGAGGCGUACGGGUAGUUGAUGGUAUUUGGGAAAUACUGGUGUUGAAUGUAGUGGGUUGAUUGAAACAACGGC